GCGACGUCGUGCUAACACAACCAGCUUCAACUCGACUACACCGACAAUAAACAGACGGUGAAUUUCAAAAGAAACAAAAGUUUUAACUAAAAAAAUUAUCUAAACCUUGUGUGUACGCGUGGCAGAUCGCAACGAUUUCACGCCAAUCAUUUUAUCAAAUUACUGUACACACAAGCGAACAAAUGAGUGAUUAAUGCAAAUUGGUUGAAUAAUUGGAUAAUUCUAUAAAAUAAUUGCAUUGUAAAUUGUUGUAGCUUUUAUACGUUUAUUAUUUACCUGCUUAAAUAGAAGUUAACGAGAUGUUGAAAAAGAAGCUGCAGGCAAUCUCUCGACUCGUCAGCAAGCGUAUCCUGGCGAAUAAUGUACACCUUUCGGGAUCACAAUUGCGUUGCUUAUCUACACAAAUCCAAGCGGCUGUUAAAGCGCACGACUUUCACCCCGCCCACUUGCACUACAUUGGCAAGCAUCCGCUGGUCUAUCGCAGUGUUGGUCAGGAACUAGAACGCGCUGCUGCCGAGUAUGGCAAUACGGAAUCCAUUGUUUCGUGUCACGAACAAAAGCGUUACACAUUCCGCGGCCUCAUUGAGGAUGUGGAUCGUAUAGCCGCCGGUCUUUUGAAACUCGGUUUGCAGCAAGGUGAUCAUGUGGGGAUUUGGGCGCCCAACAAUAUGCAUUGGUAUCUGACGAUGUUGGGCGCAGCUCGCGCCGGUUUGGUGUCGGUGGGUAUAAACCCCGCCUUUCAGGGACCCGAAGUGGAGUACUGUCUGAAGAAGGUCAAAGUGAAAGCCAUAAUAAUGCCGGAGAGCUUUAAGACACAAAACUACUAUGAAAUUAUCAAAGGUAUUUGUCCGGAGUUACCCGACAGUGUUGAUGGCUGUAUAAAGAGUGCCAAUUUGCCACACUUGAAGUAUGUUGUUGUUGACACACCGCAGAAAUUGAAAGGUACAGUUACUUUGAACGAAUUGCUAGAUUUGAGUAACUCUGCUGACCGCGAUGAGAUCGCAAAACUCCAGCGACAUGUUGUACCAGAUAGCAGCUGCAAUAUACAGUUCACCUCCGGUACCACUGGUCAACCUAAGGCAGCGGUUAUUUCGCAUUAUAACUUCGUUAAUAACGGCAUACACAUUGGUAAUCGAAAUCAACUGGACAACAAUUCUCGCAUUUGUGUACAAGUGCCGCUCUUCCACGCUUAUGGUGUUGUCAUCACCAUCAUGGCCGCAAUGUCACAUGGAAGUGCUUUGAUACUACCCGCUGCAAGUUUUAAUCCCGCCGAUUCGUUACAUGCCAUUGUCAAUGAGAAAUGCAACGUUAUCCAUGGCACACCCACGAUGUAUGUCGAUCUCAUUAAGAAGCAAAGAGAGUUAAAUCUGCCACUGAAGACAGCAAAAAUGGCAAUCACGGGUGGAGCACCAUGCUCACCGCAACUAUUUCUGGACAUUAAAAAUGUGCUCGGUUUGGAGCAUGUGCGUACGGUUUUCGGCAUGACCGAGACAACGGCAGUCAUUUUCCAAUCCCGCCCUGGCGAUAGCAAGGAACAAAUUUUGAAUACCGUCGGACACCUGCAAGAUCACGUCGAAGCGAAGGUGAUCGACGCUGAGGGCAAGACAGUGGCGUUCGGCGAGCGUGGUGAACUGUGCGUGCGCGGCUAUGCCACGAUGCUGGGCUACUAUGAGGACGAGGAGAAAACUAAAGAGACCAUCGGCAGAGAUAAGUGGCUCAGAACUGGCGAUCAGUUCAUUUUACAAGAAGAUGGUUACGGUCGCAUUGUUGGGCGCCUGAAGGAGAUGAUCAUACGCGGCGGUGAGAAUAUAUUUCCCAAGGAAAUUGAGGACUUUCUCAACACGCAUCCGGACAUUUGCGAAACUCACGUGAUCGGUGUACCUUGUGAACGAAUGGGUGAGGAAUUGUGUGCCUUCGUGCGCUUACACGAUGGCCUACCCAAGAUAUCGCAUGACGACAUUAAAGAGUUUUGCAAGGGAAAACUGGCACACUUUAAAGUGCCCCGUUAUGUGAUAACCGUUAGUGAUUUCCCAAAGACUACUUCUGGCAAAAUACAGAAGUUUAAACUCGCUGAAAUUUAUAACAAAGAGCAUAAGACACAAUGACGACGGUGGAGGCUGUAAAAGUCAUUCAUUCCUAAAAAUCUGUUGCAUUUAUUAUUUAAUAGUUUAUAAAUAUCCAUAUCAAUUUAUUAUCUAGAAUAAUGUUUAAUAAAUUUUUUAUAUUGUGGACGAACAACUAAAAUU